CUAACCCAGAGUGAACAUUACUGCCACUAGGCGUUGUGGAGGCAAGUGUCUAACUGGUUUUCAUCUCCUUUGGAGCUGUAAGACAUCGAGCUGAUAGAGUUUUCAAGAUAAUUGUCAACAUUUUCCAUUUUAUUGCUUUGGAGAAAUAUCAUAGAUCUUUUGGUUUGCUUGAGAGAUGAAGAAACACUUUGCAAUAGUUGGAUAAUUGAUUUAAGCUUUGUUUAUAUUUCCAAGCCUCACUUUUCUGUUUGCUGGUGAGCUGCCCUGUGUUGGCUAGCUAGCUAGCAACGCUGGCAUUAGUCCACGAAUCCAUAAAAGUUAUAUCAAGGACCCAGAAGACGUAAAGGUCAAAAGCUCAGAGCAAUUACCCCACAAGCCAUUGAAGGCCCAGGCUUGUGGUAAACUAGUUAUUCUAGUAGCAAAUUGACCUCAAGAUCUGUUCAGCCAGGACCGCAUCAGCGGAUAAAAGCAGUAAAUGGGUAACAGUGCGCUCAAAGCACAUCUGGAAACGUCCCAGAAGACUGGCGUCUUUCAGCUGACUGGCAAAGGUCUCCUAGAGUUUCCUGAGGAGCUUCAAAGAUUGACUGGGAACCUGCGCACUGUCGACCUCUCUAAUAACAAGAUUGAAGCGCUGCCUCCAUUCAUAGGAAGCUUUCUACACUUAAAGAGCCUCACCAUCAACGCUAACAAACUAACAACUUUGCCCAAUGAAAUUGCGAAGCUUAAGAAGCUGGAAACCCUCUCUCUGAAUGGCAACCAGCUGCAGACUCUGCCAGCCUGUGUGGCCCAGCUGAAGGCCCUGCGCACCCUCAGCCUCUCGGGCAACAAGCUGCUGGAGUUCCCCAGCGGCCUGGGCACCCUGCGCCACCUGGAUGUGCUGGACCUGUCCAAGAACCACAUUCGGGCGCUGCCCGCUGAAGCGAACGAACUACAGGCCAUUGAGAUCAACCUCAACCAGAACCAGAUUUCAGUGGUGUCCCCAGAGGUUUCACGCACGCCGCGGCUAAAGGUGUUGCGACUCGAGGAGAACUGCCUGGAGCUCGCCUCCAUCCCCAUCCCCAUCCUCACCGACUCCCAGGUGUCCCUCAUCUCUUUGGAGGGUAAUCUUUUCGAGGUCAAGAUGAUGCGGGACCUCGAGGGCUAUGACAAGUACAUGGAGCGCUUCACUGCAACCAAGAAGAAGUUUACCUGAACGAGCAGAAGGUGGGACAGGCUGGGUGGACCGACUGUCUUUCUCUGCGUUGGUCCCCUGGUCCCCUGUGGUGUGCUGGUGUCUCCCAAUACAGCCACAGCAGCAAGUGUGUUGACAUAGAACGAAGAUGGGCUACAGGGGACAAGGACUACUUCACAGCAAGCUAGAGCUGCUUUUUCCAAGACUGCUUACUUACUCACAAGGGGGAGUGUUUCCCUCCACGUCGUACAAACACUUGCACCUCAACUAGAGAGAAAGGAAGCGAGCACCUCUUAAAAAAAAAAAAAACGAUUCCAGGGAUAAUAUACGCUCCUACUACAGAAGCUGCUUUCAUUUACAGAACAUCUGUAUGUCUGCGCAGCCAGGCUUAACAACAGGAUUAAACACAAUAAUCAGUCUUCAGUACCACUGGUAUUAAUGGGAAAAACGGUAUGUGUGUAGCCACCCUUACUCUUGAGUCCAUAUGUGCUUUGUGGAGUAGAGGGCCGUGUCUGCAAAUGUCCGUUGACCACUAACAUAAUAUACCCUGCUUCUUUAGUCUGAAUGCUGCCCGAUGCCCACUAACAACCUUGGCCAAUAGAGGAUGCAGGUUUUUAUGCAAAAUAUUGAUGAUAUAGAUUCUAUUUUUAAAUGUCUUGACUUCGGUGAUGUCAGAGUAUUUUUUAUUUUUUUUCUCGAUUUGUUGUUAUUGUUUUCUUGUUUUAGAUGGAGGAGGAAGCUGGAGAAGGUAUGCUUAUUUGGGUUUUAAUUCUGUACAAAAGCUGUGAAAGGUGGAAUGAGCAAGGUGUUCUACUUCAGUCAAGCAGCUUCGUCUGUAUGCAUUCACACUGCUAGAACCUAUUUAUGCUGACUGAUCGUCAGCUCAAUGCAAGUCUUGUAUACAUUGGCACUGGUCAAUUCCGCUUGCAAAAUUGCAGUAUGUAAAAAAUAAAAACAUAACUUGUGUUUAUGGCUUUGUGCAAGACGAUGCUGUUUUGUGUACAUUGAUGUCAUCUUGCUUGUUGCACCUUCUAAGAUAAAUGAAGUAUAUGAACAGUUCCGUUUCAGGUUUUACUUGAAUGUUCAGUUUUUUUUUUCCCAACCAUUUUCAUUCAAGUAGUGAAAUGAUCCAUUGAGAUGGUUCUUCUACACUUUUUUUUUAUGACAGAUGUUUAGUGAGUUUGUGAUUCCGUUCACCACGUACCGUUAGAAGUUUCAGUGAAUGCCAUGUCUUGCGUAUUUAAUGAGUUUUGCAGUUUGAUUAAGAAAUUAGAUUGUAUCAGACUUUAACAGAAAUUGCAUCCAUAUACGGUCAUUGUAUUCCACAUAUAAUUAUAUAUUUUAACAAAUAAACACUAUUCUGCUUCA